GGUCUAAGCGGCCGCGGGAUCCGAUCCGACGCGGCCACGUUGUCCUGCGCGCUGGGCGCGCGUCGCCCGGCGAUCCUGAGCAGCUCGGCCCCCCUUCCACCCCCCUCGCGUCACCGCGGGGCCCGGAGGGGCCGCUGUAUCCCCGCGGUCACUCAGCGGGGCUCCGCGGCACAGGAAGCGGCCCGGCUGCCCCGGACUCCAGCGCGCGGGCGCGACCGUAUCGGGGCCCCGGCGGCGCCGCCCUCUGUGGCCCUUUCGGCUCCCCUCGCCGCCCUAGAGCAGCAAACCGGCGGCAGCGAAGUCGAGUUGAGCUCCGCGCAGACCUCGGCGCCGGGGUCCAUGCUCGUGAGCCCCCGCGGGCCCGCGCCAUGGCCUCCGGGAGCGUGGCCGAGUGCCUGCAGCAGGAGACCACCUGCCCCGUGUGCCUGCAGUACUUCGUCGAGCCCAUGAUGCUCGAUUGCGGCCACAACAUCUGUUGCGCGUGCCUCGCCCGCUGCUGGGGCGCGGCCGAGACCAAUGUGUCGUGUCCGCAGUGCCGGGAGACCUUCCCGCAGCGGCACAUGCGGCCCAACCGGCACCUGGCAAACGUGACCCAGUUGGUGAAGCAGCUGCGCACCGAGCGGCCGUCCGGGCCGGGCGGCGAGAUGGGCGUGUGCGAGAAGCAUCGCGAGCCCCUGAAGCUGUACUGCGAGGAGGACCAGAUGCCCAUCUGCGUGGUGUGCGACCGCUCCCGCGAGCACCGCGGCCACAGCGUGCUGCCGCUCGAGGAGGCGGUGGAGGGCUUCAAGGAGCAAAUCCAGAAUCAACUGGACCACCUAAAAAGAGUGAAAGACUUAAAGAAGAGGCGGCGGGCACAAGGGGAGCAGGCACGAGCUGAACUCUUGAGCCUGACCCAGAUGGAGAGGGAGAAGAUUGUUUGGGAAUUUGAGCAGCUGUAUCAUUCCUUGAAGGAGCAUGAGUAUCGCCUCCUGGCCCGCCUCGAGGAGCUAGACUUGGCCAUCUACAACAGCAUCAAUGGCGCCAUCACGCAGUUCUCCUGCAACAUCUCCCACCUCAGUGGCCUGAUUGCUCAGCUGGAGGAGAAGCAGCAGCAGCCCACCAGGGAGCUCCUGCAGGACAUCGGGGACACAUUGAGCAGGGCUGAAAGAAUCAGAAUCCCUGAACCCUGGAUCACACCUCCAGAUUUGCAAGAGAAAAUCCACAUUUUUGCCCAAAAAUGUCUGUUCUUGACUGAGAGUCUGAAGCAAUUCACAGAAAAAAUGCAGUCAGAUAUGGAGAAAAUCCAAGAAUUGAGAGAGGCUCAGUUAUACUCAGUGGACGUAACUCUGGACCCAGACACGGCCUACCCCAGCCUGAUCCUCUCCGAUAAUCUGCGGCAAGUGCGGUACAGUUACCUCCAGCAGGACCUGCCUGACAACCCUGAGCGGUUCAAUCUUUUCCCCUGUGUCUUGGGCUCUCCGUGCUUCGUCGCUGGGAGACAUUAUUGGGAGGUAGAGGUAGGAGAUAAGGCCAAGUGGACCAUAGGUGUCUGUGAAGACUCGGUGUGCAGAAAAGGUGGAGUAACCUCGGCUCCCCAGAAUGGAUUCUGGGCUGUGUCUUUGUGGUACGGGAAAGAAUACUGGGCUCUUACCUCCCCAAUGACUGCCCUCCCCCUGCGGACCCCUCUCCAGCGGGUGGGGAUUUUCUUGGACUAUGAUGCUGGAGAGGUCUCCUUCUACAACGUGACAGAGAGGUGUCACACCUUCACUUUUUCUCAUGCUACCUUCUGUGGGCCUGUCCGGCCCUACUUCAGUCUGAGUUACUCGGGAGGGAAGAGUGCAGCUCCUCUGGUCAUCUGCCCCAUGAGUGGGAUUGAUGGGUUUUCUGGCCAUGUGGGAAAUCAUGGUCAUUCCAUGGAAACCUCCCCUUGA